CACAAAAUCACAACAAGAAAAAACAGGGCGUUGUUUGUGUCCGUGUUCUGUGUGUUAAUGAUCUCUGUCUUAUCUACAAUCCCUCUCUCUCUCUCAGUCUCUCACCUCUCCUUCCCACUUUCUCGUCAUCACCAAAUCCAAGAAAAGCACACACCUUUCUUAGCUGAUUCCAACUGGGGUUUUGAUUUAGACACGGAAUUUCAAAACCUAGUUGUCUGAUUUUUAUUGGGCACUCUCUCUUUUUCUUGUUCUUUCAGUUUUGUAUUAGGGCUCAACAACUUUUGUUUAUCACUUUGGACUGAUUUGGUUCUUGCAGGUAGAAUGAAGGGUAUUAGAGAUUGGGUUUUUGGUCAGUUAUUGUCCAAGUCUUUGGCUUCAACUGGACCUUUGUCAGGCAGUGGCAGUUUCUUUAGCGAGGAGCCUGUUAAUGAAGAAUCUGAUGACCCAGCUCACAUGGCCCAGUUAGAGUCUUCAUCACCAACUUCUGAUACUUCAUGCUCGUCUAACUGUAAUCAGGAAACUGGGUCUCCUCAAUCUCUGGAGCAAGUGGCUGCAGAUUCUUACCAACCUAAUCAUGAGGUUGAGGUAAAGAAAGCUGAUUCAUUGACCAAGAUUGAGGAUCUUCGAAUUAACUUCUUCCGUCUUCUUCUAAGGUUUGGGCGGUCACAUGACAAUCUUCUGGUGGCGAAGGUUUUACAUAGAUUGCACCUAGCAGCUGCAAUACGAGCAGGGGAAUCAAACUUGAAAAGGGUUAAAGCUGAUGGAGCUAGAACUGUAGCAGCAGAACAAGAGGCAUCUGGUACACCUGAAUUGAACUUCUCUCUUAGAAUACUUGUGUUGGGUAAAACAGGUGUUGGAAAGAGUGCAACUAUAAAUUCUGUAUUUGAUCAACCAAAGGCUCCGACUGAUGCAUUUCGACCAGCCACUGAACACAUCAAAGAGGUUGUGGGGUCUAUCAAUGGGGUCAAAGUAACAUUUAUUGACACACCUGGUUUUUUACCUUCAUCUACAAGUAAUUUGAGAAGAAAUAGGAAGAUUAUGCUUUCUGUUCGGAGAUUCAUAAGAAAAUCACCACCAGACAUUGUUCUAUUCUUUGAACGCCUUGACCUCAUCAACAUGGGUUACUGUGACUUCCCCCUUCUGAAGCUUAUGACCGAAGUCUUUGGCAAUGCUGUUUGGUUUAACACCAUCCUUGUGAUGACUCAUGGUUCUUCAACUCCUGAAGGACCUACUGGAUAUCCUAUUAGCUAUGAAUCAUAUGUGACUCAAUGCACAGGUUUGAUGCAACAUUAUAUAAAUCAGGCAGUAUCUGACUCAAAACUUGAAAAUCCAGUAGUUUUAGUGGAGAACAAUCCUCACUGUAAAAAGAACUUAAUGGGGGAAAGCGUUCUUCCCAAUGGACAAGUAUGGAAAUCUCAUUUCUUAUUAUUCUGCAUAUGCACCAAAGUUCUUGGUGAUGCUAAUACCCUCUUGGAAUUUGAAGGCGGCAUUGAAUUGGGACCAUUGAUUACCCCCCGGGUGCCUUCUCUGCCCCAUCUUCUCUCAUCUUUUCUAAAGCAUCGUUCUACACCAUGCCCGAGUGAAUCAGAACCAGAAGUUGAUGAGAUUUUACUUUCAGAUGCAGAUGAGGAAGAUGACUAUGAUCAACUACCUCCAAUCCGAAUCAUGACAAAAUCUCAGUUUGAAAAGUUGACUAAAUCACUGAAAAAAGACUACCUUGACGAGCUGGAUUAUCGAGAAACACUAUAUUUGAAAAAACAGUUAAAAGAUGAGUCUCGGAGGCGAAGGGAGAGGAAGCUUUCUGGAGAGGAAAAUUUUGGAGAGGACAGUAAUUCUGAUCCCCAGCAGGCAUCUCCAGAGGCUGUUUUGUUGCCAGAUAUGGCGGUCCCUCCAAGUUUUGACUCAGAUUGCACCAUACACAGGUAUCGAUGCCUUGUCACUAGUGACCAGUGGCUUGUGAGACCUGUUCUUGAUCCUCAAGGAUGGGAUCAUGAUGUGGGCUUUGAUGGUGUAAACAUGGAGACAGCUAUAGAAAUAAGAAAGAAUGUCCAUGCCUCAAUCACUGGACAGAUGAGCAAGGACAAGCAGGAUUUCAGUAUUCAGUCUGAGUGCGCUGCAGCUUAUGCAGAUCCUAGGGGCCGAACUUAUUCUGUAGGUCUUGAUGUUCAGUCUUCUGGAAAAGGUACGAUCUAUACAGUUCAUAGCAACACAAAGCUGAAGAAUCUGAAGCAAAAUGUAACUGAAUGUGGGGUUUCCUUGACAUCCUUUGGGAACAAGUACUAUGUUGGUACCAAGCUUGAAGAUACCAUGUUAGUUGGGAAGCAACUCAAGUUUGUAGUGAAUGCUGGCCAAAUGAGGUGCUCUGAACAAGUGGCAUAUGGUGGAAGUCUUGAGGCCACAUUAAGAGGGGGGGACUACCCUGUGAGGGAUGAUAGAAUCAGUCUGUCUAUGUCAGCUCUCUCCUUUAAGAAGGAGAUGGUGCUGGGCGGAGGGUUUCAGUCUGAAUUUAGACCUGUCAGAGGCAUGAGAAUGGCUGUUAAUGCCAAUCUGAAUAGCCAGAACAUGGGACAAGUUAAUAUAAAGAUUAGCAGCUCUGAGCACAUUGAAAUUGCUCUCGUUUCUGUUUUCUCAAUUUUCAAGGCCAUUUUGCAUAAGAAAAUGACUGAAAACAAAAGCAGGGAAGUAUUGGAGAUGGGAUGAGUCUUUGCUGUCCUCGAUUGAGCAUGAUUUUCUUUGUUCAAGGACGGAACCAUUGUUAGAAAGCUAUUUAUUUACUUAGCUGGGAUGCAAAUCGGCCUUCCACGUGAAGAAAAAGAUGAAGAGCUAAGUUUUGCAGAGGCUGUCCUUUUCUUCUUCUUUUUCCUGCGCUGCAAUUUUCCGAUGCAUCUUUGAAGGAGGAUAGGUAGCGAUAUUUUGUUUUUCUAUUUUACUUGAAAGCAUACAACUGGCCCGCCAGCCUUGGGCUGAGAGCCUUGUAACAAAUAAAUCGUUGUUAUUUUUGUACAGGAAAUUGGAAUAUGAGAAUUUAUACUUCGAUCCAGAGAAUGAAACCUUUAUGAUGGUCUAAGUUUUUUA